AUGUAAAAAGAUGAUAAUAAAUACUCAAAAUUCAGUAGAAAUUUAAAAAUCUAUUUGAUUUAAACCAAGCUUCAUUAAUAAUUAGAUGUUUGUCGUUUAACCUUUGAUACUUCAUAAUCAUAAAGUAAAAGGCUUCUUAAAAUCUUCUUGUAUAUUCUUGGAACUCUAAUUCAAUAGAGUAUGUUAAAUCCAAAUGACUAUCAAUAAGAGGAGAAGGAUAAAGGUGUCACAAAUAUUUCCACAAACUUACAUCCCAUUGACAUAAAUAAUUAUGACUAUAAAUCGCUAAACUGUGAAUUUGAUAAGAUUCUCUAAUUCAGUAACACCUUAAGACUGCAAUUAUUAACUAGAGUAAGUUAUUGA